ACAUAAUCCCUCCCUACAAGUCAUGAAUUUAGAUUCUUGCAAUAAAACAAAACAACAAGUCUACUCGACAUAAAUUAGGAAUAGAUUUAAUUAACCUUUUCACAGGAAUCUUUCACAAAAUUAUCAACUAAUCAGAAUGAUUCUUUAUUAGACCAUGAUAUUGAUUCGCCAAAUACAUCAUUAUUGUAUAUUCUUUCAUAUGUAUAGCGCAACCUAAUACUUGUUUUUCCAGUUUUGAAUCUUUGACUUUUAUAAAUCGAAAUAUUUAAUAUUAAAAUAAUAAUAAAAUCACUCUUGACAGUAAUAUAUGUUGUAUAUGUAAAUCCUAGAUAUGACAAUAUGCGGAAUUCAUCCAUGAAAUGAAAAACAAGGGGGGUUGAUAUCGAUGGGACGCAUAACCGGAUAUGCUAAAAUGAAAAUAUGAAAAAAAAAAGGCUAAUGAGAUCGAAAUAAUGAAUCAUAAAUAGAGUUCCAUUUCGGAAUUGGCUAGAUAAAACAAAGUCUUGCCUAUUAUGACAAAUAAAUCAAAGACUUUCCACAAAAAUUUUUUAUUCAUAUAUUUUUUAUUUUAAAACUAGGUUUUGGUUAGUUGAGCUUGAAAACGACUAUUCCUUCAUUGAAAUUUAAUUAAGUAAAAAAUUGAAUUGCAUAUUCGCUUGGGUGGUACCAAUGAAAUCGAGUGCUUACUCCCAUUUAUUAUUGAAUUAACCAAUGAAUUUACUAUCGAAGAUUUUUUCUGUAUUCGAAAAAUUUCGCAACAAAAUUGAACAUAUUUUUUAUUAUGAGAAUAAAUCCUACUACUUCGGAUCCAGCGGUUUCAAUACGUGAAAAAACAACCUGGGACGUAUUGCCCAAAUCAUUGGUCCGGUACUGGAUGUAGCCUUUCCCCCGGGCAAGAUGCCUAAUAUUUACAAUGCUCUGGUGGUUAAGGGUCGAGAUACGCUUGGUCAAGAAAUUAAUGUGACUUGUGAAGUACAGCAAUUAUUAGGAAACAACCGAGUUAGAGCUGUAGCUAUGAGCGCGACCGAGGGUUUAAAGAGAGGGAUGGACGUGGUUGAUAUGGGAAAUCCUCUAAGUGUUCCAGUCGGCGGAGCGACUCUAGGACGAAUUUUCAAUGUACUUGGGGAACCUGUUGAUAAUUUAGGUCCUGUCGAUACUCUCACAACAUCUCCUAUCCAUAAAUCCGCGCCUGCUUUUAUAGACUUAGAUACAACCUUAUCUAUUUUUGAAACAGGAAUUAAAGUAGUAGAUCUUUUGGCCCCUUAUCGUCGUGGGGGAAAAAUCGGACUAUUCGGUGGGGCUGGCGUGGGUAAAACAGUACUAAUUAUGGAAUUGAUCAACAACAUUGCCAAAGCUCAUGGUGGUGUAUCCGUAUUUGGUGGAGUAGGCGAACGAACUCGUGAAGGAAAUGAUCUUUACAUGGAAAUGAAAGAAUCUGGAGUCAUUAAUGAACUAAACCUUGCGGACUCCAAAGUAGCCCUAGUCUACGGUCAGAUGAAUGAACCGCCGGGAGCUCGUAUGAGAGUUGGUCUGACUGCCUUAACUAUGGCAGAAUAUUUCCGAGAUGUUAAUGAGCAAGACGUACUUCUAUUUAUCGACAAUAUCUUCCGUUUUGUACAAGCAGGAUCCGAGGUAUCCGCUUUAUUGGGUAGAAUGCCUUCUGCUGUGGGUUACCAACCCACCCUUAGUACCGAAAUGGGUUCUUUACAAGAAAGAAUUACUUCUACGAAAAAAGGGUCCAUAACCUCUAUUCAAGCAGUUUAUGUACCUGCAGACGAUUUGACUGACCCUGCUCCUGCCACCACAUUUGCACAUUUAGAUGCGACUACCGUACUAUCAAGAGGAUUAGCUGCUAAAGGUAUCUAUCCAGCGGUAGAUCCUUUAGAUUCAACGUCAACUAUGCUACAACCUCGAAUCGUUGGCGAGGAACAUUAUGAAACUGCGCAACAAGUAAAGCAAACUUUACAACGUUACAAGGAGCUUCAGGACAUUAUAGCUAUCCUGGGGUUGGACGAAUUAUCCGAAGAGGAUCGCUUAACCGUCGCAAGAGCACGAAAGAUUGAGCGUUUCUUAUCACAACCUUUUUUCGUAGCAGAAGUAUUUACAGGUUCUCCGGGAAAAUAUGUUGGGCUAGCGGAAACAAUUAGAGGGUUUAAUUUGAUCCUUUCCGGAGAAUUUGAUUCUCUUCCUGAACAGGCCUUUUACUUAGUGGGUAACAUCGAUGAAGCUACUGCGAAGGCUACGAACUUAGAAAUGGAGAGUAAAUUGAAGAAAUGACCUUAAAUCUUUGUGUACUGACUCCGAAUCGAAUUGUUUGGGAUUCAGAAGUAAAAGAAAUCAUUUUAUCUACUAAUAGUGGACAAAUUGGCGUAUUACCAAAUCACGCGCCGAUUGCCACAGCUGUUGAUAUAGGUAUUUUGAAAAUACGCCUUAAUAACCAAUGGUUAACAAUGGCUCUGAUGGGCGGUUUUGCUAGAAUAGGCAAUAAUGAAAUUACUAUUUUAGUAAAUGAUGCAGAGAAGAAUAGUGACAUUGAUCCACAAGAAGCUCAGCAAACUCUUGAAAUAGCAGAGGCGAACUUGAGAAAAGCUGAAGGCAAGAGACAAACAAUUGAGGCUAAUCUAGCUCUCAGACGAGCUCGGACACGCGUCGAGGCUCUCAAUACGAUUUGAUUUUGUAACUAGCUGACGUAUAAAAAAAUAGGAUCCAAAAGCGA